GGCAACAAUCUCAGGUAGAGCUAGAGCAUCAGUGGCGGGGCAGACGGAAAGUUGAUAAAGAGCAAACCCUAGUAUAGUACGGAACCACCAAAGAAGUUUCUUUUCUCGCUCCAUUAAUCUUCGUCUCCUUUUUCAGAAUCUUCUCGCUCGUCAUUUUUCUUCUACAGUAAGAGUUUAGAAUGUUGAGUGAGUGUAUCCGGAUACUAAGAAUGUUGUGUUUUGAGCAAAAGAGUCAAACUUUUGAAGCAGAAAAGUCUGAAGCUGGUGAUUUGAAGAAAUUGGUGGAAGAGUGUACUGAAGAACUGAGGUCAAAGAGGAAUCUACUGACUGUGAGGCUCGAUUCUUUGACAAGGGUUCAGAGAGAGCUUGAGUCAAAGGAUAACCAAUUGGGACAGGUUAUGGCCGAGAUUAAGAGGCGUUGCACUGAGGCUCGUAAUGUUCAAGAGCGUAAGAGAGAAGUGGAAGAUGAAACAGCUUCAAAGAAGAAAGAGUUGUCACUGAUUGUUGAGCAGAUCGAAGAAUCUGACAAACAGCUUGAGAACAAGUCUCGAGAAGUAGAAUUGAAGGAGAAGGACAUUGAAGAGAACAGAAAAGAACUUGAUUUGGUUAAGAGUCAAGUCAAAGCAUGGGAAAGGAAACUCAUUCAGCUUAGGAAAUUGGUUGAUGAUGAUUGUACAAGAGAACUAAGUCCAAGGAAAGAUCAUGUGGAUUCAUCGAACAACACUCAUGUGAAACUGACGAAAACCGUGCUUGUGAAACAUAGUGGUGUAGAGGAGGAGAAUCAUGGUUUUACUUCGCCAGUCAAAGUUGUUAUGUCAUCAUCUGAUGUUAGUUCCAUCAAUGAGCCCCAAGCAUCCUCCACUCUUCUACACACACCAGAGGAAAGAAACGCUCAAAGACCCUGAGGAAACAGAAGAAAAGCUUAGACUCAAAGGAGACAUUACUAAUUAAGUUUGUGAGGUUAAACAAAUCAUAUUUGCAUCUACGAGGCAAUGAUAUGAUCUUUAGGGCCAACUAAGUAAGUUAAUAGAGUGUGACUCUUUAGGUUGUUCUCUUUGCCUAAGACAUUGAAUACCAAAUGAGUCUCUGAACAUCUUGUGAGUCAUGUGAAUAAACAAAACAAAGUUCCAGCAAUA